GUAGAACGUUGCGGAAGUGGUUGGCUUCUUCCCCUUCGCGAGAUCGUUGAUCUCUGCCGUUUGAGGUUUUAGCCCCCAAUAUCGCCCAACAUUCCAUCCUUGUCUGUCCUCCUUGAUUCCAAGCAUCGACCUCCUCUCAUCCUCGGUUAAGAAACCGAGAAAAAGCAAAGUUACGAUCAUAGCCCUUCAAGGACAAAAUAAGCAUAUCCUGGUAAAAACGUGUCGACUUUUAACGCGAUGGCUUCCGAAUAUGAUUUCGUGGUGGUUGGAAGCGGACCUGCGGGCUGUGCGCUCGCGUACGGUUUGGUUCACUCGGCUAAAAAGCCCAAGGUUCUCCUGCUCGAGGCCGGUGGCAAAAAUGGAGAUCCCAACCUCCGCGUCGACGGGCAGCGUUGGUUGACCUUCACCAACAAAGACGUCAACUGGGGCUACAAGACGACACCCCAGACUCACUGCGCCGGGCGCGAGCUCGACUACUCUAGGGGUCUCGGUCUCGGCGGAUCUAGCGCCAUCAACUUUGGCGUCUUCACCGUCGGCGCCCGCGACGACUACGAUGAGUGGGCACGCAUCGUCGGCGACGACGCCUUCCGCUGGGAGCACGCCCAGGCACGGCUGAAGCGCCUGGAGAACUUCCAGUCCAACCCCCCGGCGGGCGUCAGCAGCAAGUACGCGGCACCCAAGCCCUCGGACCAUGGCUCGGCCGGCCCUCUCCGCGUCGGCUACGCGGCCGAGUGUGAGGCCGACCUCGUCCCGCUGCUCGACGCCUUCGAGCGGGCCGGCUAUCCCCUGAAUCCCGACCACAACUCCGGCAACCCGAUCGGUAUGUCCUUGCUGAUCAGCUCGGCGCACAAGGGCCUCCGCUCCACGUCGCACGACUUGCUGGUACCAUACCCGGAGAACCUCACCGUCGUGACCGAGGCGCCCGUGCAGCGCGUCUUGCUGGACGGCAAGAGGGCCGUCGGCGUGGAGGCGAACGGGAAGCGGUACCUGGCUUCCAAGGAGGUCAUCAUGACCGCCGGCUCGCUCGACACCCCGCGGAUCCUCAUGCACUCCGGCAUCGGGCCGAAGGAGCAGCUCGAGAAGUACAACAUCCCCGUCGUCCAUCCUUGCGCCGCUAUCGGCCAGGGUCUGCGAGACCACGCCUUCGUCCCGCUCGUCUAUACCCGCAGGGAGGGUAGCACGGACCGCGCCAGCUUCUACGGCAACCAGGCGGCCAUGGAUGCCGCCCUGGAGGAGUGGAAGCAGCACCGCACGGGGCCUUGGACCAAGUUCGCCACCGAGAUGGCCAUCGGCUACUUCAAGUCGGACGCGAUCGCGUCCUCGGCCGAGUUCAAGUCGCUCCCCGCGGACGAGCAGCGGUACCUCAACGCCGAGACGGUGCCGCACUACGAGGUCUUCACCCACUUCCCCAUCCACUGGUUCCUGCCGGGCUUCCGGAACGAGGACCUCAACUACUCGUGCCUCCUCGUCUUCCUGUACAACGCCCAGGCGCGCGGGACCGUGACGCUGCAGUCGUCCGACCCCGACGUGCCCCUGCUCUUCGACCCCAACUUCCUCGCGCACCCCUUCGACCGCCGCAGCGCCAUCGAGGCCCUCCGCGAGGUCCUGCGCUUCACCAGGACGGAGGCCUACGCCAAGGACAUCGUCUCCACCAUCGCCGCGCCCAAGUCCGACUCGGACGAGGACCUGCUCGCCUACUGGGAGCAGACCAUCGGAUCGAGCUGGCACAUGACCGGCACCGUCAAGAUGGGCAAGCCGGGCGACGCCGACGCCGUCGUGGAUAACAGCUUCCGGCUUAUGGGCAUCGACGGCCUGCGCGUUGCCGAUAUGAGCGUCGUCCCUGUGCUGGCGAGCUGCCACGUGCAAGCUGUUGCGUAUAUCACCGGCGCCACAUGCGCUGAGAAGCUGGUGAAGGAGUAUGGUCUCGAGUAAGAGAGUGCCAGAAGGAAAAGAAGAAGGGGGGGGAGCAGCAGGGCUAGGGCCCCAACUGUUUGUGUGUGUGUGCCAGAGCCGAAGGUAAAGGGGGUGACACCUUGGGGGGGGGGAAGCCAUUUCUCGCUUAAGCCAAGGCAGCGGAACGGUUGCGCCAUCAUCCCUGCUGUUGCCAGAACCCGAAGCGGCUUUAGGAGGCCACAACAACACUACAUGUCGCCGUCAGACCUGGUUCCUUGUCGUAACGCCCAUCCUUGCUU